GAGCAAGUCGUGUUUACAGCCUGCAGUUCUUAUGGGCGUAACUCCCUCUAGUAUUCCAAUAAUCUCCCUUCCUUCAAUAUGUCACUAGUAUUCAAGUAUGCGGCUCGUAUUAGUAUGCCAGGCGUUCGAGUGACACAGGAGGUGCUUAGGGCAAGGUGGAUUUUUCUUGAGAUCCAAAAAGCCGUAUCAUGGGUUCUCGCUUCUCCUUGUUCCUGUUCCUAACUCCUCCCUGGGUAGUUCCUAAUGUUUGGCACUUUCCAUACUUCGUGGGUGCAACAUCAACAAAUACGCUCAUGAAAAAUGUUCAUUCCCUUGAUCAGAGCCUUUAAGCCUUUUAGAAGUGAGCAUUUCCGCUGCUUCUAUUUUUCCUAAUGAACAAACAAACUUUGCAGAGCCGUUUCACCUAAUCGAUUCCGCAAUGAAUUCGGCGGAUCAUCCACAUUGGAUGGCAGGCACAAUUCUUACUAGUUCUCCGCACUACUUUUUUUGCAAAUGGGUGGAGGAUCCAUCCAAUUUGGUUAUAUCAUGGACUCAAAAAGCAGAUAUGAAUGUGACUAAAAUGCACGAUCUUCAUACGUAUCACUAACUACAAGUAGCUUGAGCCUUCAAAUAAAUAUUUAGAUAGAUGGCUCAAGCCUACAAAUAGGGUGGGAAGGGGGGUUCGGGGGAAACCCCUAACUGUAAAUUCACAAAAAUCACCAAACAGGGGAAAACAAGAAAAUCAUAACAGUGUUUUUUUACUUGUGCUCAUCGAAUCGGCAUGAAAAGCCUGAGAACCAAACAGAAUGUUAUUGUUGGUAUCUGAUGAACCCUUCGUUGAUCUGAAGCAGAUGGUGUAAGAUUUGGUUACAGUGGGAGUACUGGUCCGAAGCAUUUGGGGAGCUUAAGCCCUAAUUUCACACUUUGCUCAAAAGGAAUCUACCACCAAUCAACAUUGUGAAAGAUGAUGCUGUCUUCAAUCCAAAAUUGGAGCCUCUUAAAAGGGAUUAUAUUGCUGCAAAUGCAACCAUUGUUGACAAUGUCUUCAACAUUGCGGUUUGCAGUAGAGCUCCAUAUGGUUCACUACACUGAAGAUGGCAACAUUACUGCCGCGGCAAUCCUUUAUCAAAAUGGCAAACCAGAUCCUUUUCUCUUCCAGAUAAAGGAUAAGUUGGCUGAAUUAUAUGCUGAGGGCUACAAAGGCCGAGAAAGGCGAUCCUCUGCCUGUUGGAGUGGUGGACAUGAUGGAACUGAAGUAAGAGAAACGACCAAGAACAGGCUGCUGAUCUGAUAGGCCCCUUUGGAGGGGAGUUCAGGCACAACUGCAGACCGACACAGCCACUGAAAAUCCAAAAAAUGAUGUAGCCUACUGCAGUUCGAUCUGUUGAUGAUAAUGUACUAGUUCGUUGCAAAUCCUGAAUACCAAAUAAAGUGUAAA